AUGUUGCUUUUUUUGGCAGUGGAGACCCUAUUUCUUGGAGCCAUUUGGAUGCAACAUGCAGCCCAAAGUGCACUUUUAGUAGCAGGGUGGCAUCGGAUGGGAUAUAGCUUCCCUGAUGGCUCUUACAUCUCAGCAGAGCUAGAGGGGCACAUCCGUGAAUUGCAUUCCACUGUGGGAAAUGCAGUAACUCAAGGAAGAUACAUUGUGUUUGGUGCUGGCUCAACCCAACUUCUCAAUGCUGCAGUUCAUGCAUUGUCUUCUGAUAAUUCUUCCAACUCCUCCUCACCUGCAAGUGUUGUAGCUUCAGUUCCUUAUUACAGGCUUUACAAAACGCAAACGGAAUUUUUUCGAUCAUUGGACUACAGGUUUGAAGGAGACACAUCCUCAUUUCUUAACAGUUCAGAAGCUGGCAAAGUUAUUGAGUUUGUAACCUCACCAAACAAUCCUGAUGGAAAGCUGAAUACGGCAGUUCUUCACGGCCCCAACGCCUCUGCAAUUUAUGAUCGGGUCUAUUACUGGCCACACUUUACAGCAAUUCCGAAUCCAGCUGAUGAUGAUCUUAUGCUAUUUUCACUUUCCAAACUCACUGGUCAUGCUGGUUCUAGAUUCGGAUGGGCAGUGAUAAAGAACGAGUCUGUGUACCAAAAAAUGACGGAGUAUAUGAGUUCAAGUAGCAUGGGUGUUUCUCGAGAUGCUCAGCUAAGAGCUUUGAAGCUUAUCAAUGUGGUGCUUGAAACUAGAGGCAAGCAAAUCUUUGAAUUUGGAUACCACACCAUGAGGAACCGCUGGAAAAGCUUGAGCAAAAUCUUGUCUUUGUCAAGCCGCUUUUCUCUGCAGAAACUUGGACCCCGAUACUGCACUUAUUUUCAGAAAAUUAGAGGACCCUCACCAGCAUAUGCGUGGGUGAAGUGUGAGAGGGAAGAGGACACAGAUUGCUAUGAAGUCCUCCAAGCAGCCAAUAUUACUGGGCGUAGCGGAAGCCAAUUUUCAGCUGAAGACCGUUAUGUACGUCUGAGCCUCAUAAGGAGCCAAGAUGACUUUGAUAUAUUGAUUCAGCGACUAACCCAGUUGGUCUCAGAAGAAAGACAGCAGCAAAACCAUGCAAACAAUUUCUUGAAGCUCAAGAAGCCUCUGAUGAGCACCUUAAGAAGGGGUCUUGUCUAUUAG